AUGGCGAGCCGCCAGGUGCUCGAUGACCAAAACAAAAUGGUGAUGGCCGCGUCUAAGAUCACCAUGGUCUCUGACAGCGAUCAGAGGGUAGCCUCCAUCAACCACCGCGUCUACCCGCCGGCGACCAAUAACCUGAGUAAACUCAAGGUCCUAUCAUUCCUGAGUCACAAGUUUAAAGAAGAGUCCAAAAAAUCUGUGGCCUUGCUAAAUGAAAAGAUAUUACAGUUGACAAACGAAGUGGAUUAUCUCAAACAGAAGUUGGCGAUACCUAAUCAAUAUAUAGCUAAACCAGUUGCUAGAGAGAAAAACUUGGAUGUCUUACCAUUCACACAAGUUUCUUCAACAUGCUCAUCUGGCAUAGGAAAUUUGAGUUUGGCUAAAAUACAAGAUCAGCAAGAACAACAAGACAUUAAACUUAAAAAGCAAAGGAUUCGUCAAGCUGCUUCUAAACAACCGAACCCAGAUCCAUUAGAAUGCAACCAGACAAAACAGCGGAGAACUAGUAUUACACAAACUCAAUCAGCUAAAAUAGGAAAAAUGCAAGAAUUGUCUUUGAUCACAACAGAUGAUGCAUAUUACACAUGCCUAGGAAAUUAUGAUCCUACAAAAGAUGAACCAGUUUCCAAAAAUACUAAGAGCAAUUUAGAAACACCAAGUUGGAGGGUUAUAAAAUAUUCUGGUAGGCGUUCUGUAAAAGGCACAGAAAUAAUGUCCGAUCGUAUCUUUGAAAAGAGACAUCAUAAACAUGAGCAAAAGGAACAAAUAUGUAAAAGACGGGAUUUGCGACGAUUGAGGGAAUUAAUACGAGUAGAAAAUUUGAAGCAAGGUCGAUAUAAACACCAUUCACAGAAAUCUAAUAAUAAAAAAGAAUUGACAACUUUAUUGCCCAGUCCAUCGAACAUUAAAGCAAUUGAAAUCACAGAUAAAUUACCUGUGUCUGCAUUUGAAUGCAAUUUAUAUAACUUGUAUUGUUAAUUACUACCUAGU